AUGUACUAUAAACUCUGCUGCUGCUGGACUAUUCCUGGACAUUGCUGAGGAUACCUUUCAUCAUAAACAGAUUGAAUCACUUCUAAAAUUCUAUUGAACAGGUAGUGUGUCUCGACCCGUAGUUUCAGAUAAUGUGGCUUUCCUGAAAAGAAGGAGGGAGAAACAAUGCAGUUCCUUCUCAGAUUGUCUCAUCUAAAAAAAUUCAAGCUGUUCUUCCAGGAAUACAACUCUGAUGAUUCAACUUGGCCCAAAGACAUAACCUUAGUGACCGGCACUGCAUAUGUACCAGCUUAGCCGAGACAGCUGUACUAUGAAUUCCAGACCUGAAGUCUUGGAAGCAAUGUUGUUGUAGAUGUGGCUUCAUAAUGACCAGGACUGGAGCCCUGGUAUUCAUGAGGAUUUCAUUCCUGGUGCAAUGGUUUGGGGUAUUACUGUCUUUUCCUGGAUUCAUCCAAACUAAACGGUACCAGUAUCAUAGCCCCCCAGAGGUGGUGAUUCCCUUAAAAUUAACUGGCACAGCCAGAGGAAUUCAGCUUCCAGGAUGGCUUUCUUAUAGCCUUCACUUUGGGGGCCAGACACACAUUAUCCACAUGAAGGCCAAGAAAAGUUUGCUACUCAGACACUUCCCAGUGUACACUUACACGGACCACGGUGCUCUGUUUGAGGAUCACCCUUUUGUCCAGAAUGACUGCUACUAUCAUGGUUAUGUCGAAGGGGACUCAGAAUCUUUGGUGUCUCUCAGUACUUGUUUUGGUGGCUUCCAGGGAAUGUUGCAGAUAAAUAACAUUACUUAUGAAAUCAUGCCCUCAAUGUUUUCUACUACCUUUGAACAUUUAGUAUAUGAAUUGGAAAGUGAAGAGACACAGUCCUCAAUCAGAACACCUGACAUUAUGCAAGAUGAAAUAGAGCACCAAAUGGAAUUUGAAGAUAUUAGUAAUUCCACUCUCAAGCAAAGUUCUCAUUUGAACUGGUGGAUCCACUAUAAGACUGUUGAAGUUGCAGUGGUGGUUGACAAUUACAUGUAUAAUCAUUAUGGAAGAAAUGAAUCAAAGUUACUGGUGGAUUUGUUUCGUAUAAUUAAUAUGGUGGAUUCCAUUUAUUAUAUUUUGGGCAUUAAGGUAUUAGUGUGUGGCUUGGAGAUCUGGACUAAUUCAAACCCUAUUGUAGUAGAUGAUGUAAGAAAAUCUCUGGAUCAAUUUUGCAAAUGGAAAGGUAUAUAUAUUACUCAUCGGCUAAAACACGAUACCAUACAUCUUUUCAUGUACAGGGAAUUGAGAGGAUUAAGUGGCAUAGGAGCCACUAAAGGAAUGUGUAGCCCAGGACGUAGCUGUGCAAUCGUUACUUUGGUAAACAGAAGUUUGGCCCUUUUCGCCAUUGCUGUGGCUCAUCAUUUAGGUCAUAAUUUGGGCAUGUCUCAUGAUCAACAUACAUGCAAAUGUAAAUCAUAUAAAUGUAUAAUGCAUGUGGAUAACCCUCCUACAGUUUAUUUUAGCAACUGCAGUUAUAAUUAUUUUUGGGCAUUCACAAUAGACCAGACACCAUGCUUGCUAGAAAAUUUAUACUCAAAGGACAUCUUUGAUAGGACGAAAUGUGGGAAUGGUAUAGUUGAAAAAGGAGAGGAGUGUGAUUGUGGAGCUUUAAAAUCUUGUGCAGAAGACCCAUGUUGUAUGCCAAACUGCACUAUCAGUUAUGGGGCUACUUGUGCCUUUGGACCUUGUUGUAGGGACUGCAGAUUUGCACCACCAGGGGAACUGUGUAGAAAAGAGGCCAAUAUAUGUGAUCUUCCAGAAUGGUGCAAUGGGACUUCCCACAUGUGCCCAGAUGAUGUAUAUGUUGAAGAUGGAAUUCCCUGCAAUGAUACUGCUUACUGCUAUGGAAGGGAAUGUUAUAGUCUCAAUGAAAGCUGCAGGCAGAUUUUUGGCCAAGAAGCAAGAAGUGCAAAUGAGAUUUGCUACAAAAAACUUAACACUCAAGGUACUCGUUUUGGCCACUGUGGUCUCAGUGGUACUAGUUAUGUAAAAUGUAACACAUCAGAUGUAAUGUGUGGGAGACUUCAGUGUGACAGUGUGGCAGAACUUCCAGUUUUGGCUGACCAUACCACAGUACACUGGACUCGCUUCAAUGAUAAACCCUGCUGGGGUACUGAUUACCACCAUGGGAUGAAAAUUCCUGACAUUGGUGAUGUAAAAGAUGGCACAAAAUGUGGGGAAGAACACCUCUGCAUCAAUAGGCAUUGUGUCCACAUAUCUCAAUUGGAUAGUGAUUGCUCACCUGGAUUCUGUAACAUGAGAGGCAUCUGCAAUAAUAAACAUCACUGUCACUGCAACUACCUGUGGGACCCUCCAAACUGCGUGAUAAGAGGGUAUGGGGGCAGUGUCGAUAGUGGCCCACCUCCUAAGAGGAAGAAAAAAAACAAGUUUUGUUACCUGUGUUUAUUGCUCCUUAUUAUUUUGUUUGUUUUAUUAUGUUGCUUUUUUUACCUGUUUAAGAAGAAGAAAACUAAGGAAGAACAAAAAUCUCAGACUCAAUCGACAAAAGAAGAGAAAAAGUUUCAGAGACAAACUAGCUCAGUGCUUUCCCAAAGUAAACGUGGGAAAGAGGAGCAAAAACCUCAAAUUCCACAUGCAAAAGUGGAGAGAAAGUCACAGAGUCAGCCCAGCUCAUUGCGUUCUCAGAGUCAACCCAGCUCACUGCGUUCUCAGAGUCAACCCAGCUCACUGCGUUCUCAGAGUCAACCCAGCUCACUGCGUUCUCAGAGUCAGCCUGGCAGACGAAAGCCAUCAAACCCAAUUUCAAAAACUUCAUCCUUGCAAAAAAAGCCUUAA